AAGUAACCGGAAAUGACACCACGCCUUGUCUCGUCUUUUUUGCAGACAUACGGUACGCAACAAUAUGUUCCCGUCGCUUGUGUUGAUGCUGCUGCUCGUGCUCGGGCUCGUGGUCCUCGUCCGCCGUCGUAGGAGACGUGACGGCGAGCCACCCCUAAUCAAUGGCUGGAUUCCUUUCAUUGGGAAAGCCGUGGAGUUUGGAAAAGAUGCUCACAAGUUUCUUGAAGCACAGAAGAAGAAGUCAGGAGACGUUUUCACUGUUCACAUUGCAGGUCAAUAUAUGACCUUCAUCAUGGACCCUCUGAUGUACCCCGCCAUCAUUAAACAUGGCCGACAACUCGACUUCCACCAGUUCUCCCAAAAGGUGGCACCAUUGACCUUCGGUUACCCGCCCGUCAACAGCGGGAAGUUCCCCGGUCUGGAUGAGCAGAUCAAACGCUCCUUCCAACUGCUCCAGGGAGACCACCUGACGAUGCUGACGGAGAGCAUGAUGGCCAAUCUUAUGAUGGUCCUUCGCCAGGACCACUUGAACGGCGAUGCCACCUGGAGGACGGCCGGCCUGUUUGACUUCUGCCAAUCUAUCAUGUUUGAAGCCACCUUCCUCACCCUGUAUGGGCGCCCGGGGAACGCCGCCCGCCACAGUCGCAUGGCGGAGCUGAGGGACCAAUUUGUCCGCUUUGACGCUGUCUUUCCGCUGCUCAUCGCUCAGAUUCCCAUCUGGCUUCUGGGACGCAUACAAAGUGUCAGAGACAAACUGAUCCGAUUCUUCCUGCCGCAGACCACAUCCAGUUGGUCCCACGCCUCACACUUCAUCCAACGUCGGUCCGAGCUCUUUGAACAGCAGAACUUACUGCGGGACAUUGACAAAGCGGCACAUCACUUCGCCAUCCUGUGGGCUUCAGUGGGGAACACGGUCCCGGCCGCCUUCUGGGCUGUCUACCACGUGCUGAGUGAGCCAGCAGCCCUGAUGGCGGUCCGUCAGGAGAUCCAUGACGUCCUGAAGCAGGGUGGUUUGCACUUCAGUGGUGAUGCUGAUGUGAUGAUCAGCAAGGAUCUUCUGGACAAGCUGCUGUAUCUGGAGAGCGCCAUCAAGGAGAGCCUGCGCUUGUCGUCGGCGUCCAUGAACAUCCGUGUGGUUCAGGAGGACAUGUCCCUGUGUCUGGACGCUGAGCGCAACGUGUCGGUCAGAAAGGGUGACGUCAUCGUCUUGUACCCUCAGAGCAUGCACAUGGACGCCACCAUUUACGAGGAUCCUCAGAAGUUUCGCUACGAGCGCUUCGUACAGCACGGCAAGGAGAAGACGGACUUCUUCAAGGACGGACAUAAGCUUCGCUACUUCCUCAUGCCUUUUGGAUCAGGAUCGUCCAUGUGUCCUGGACGCUUCUUUGCCAUCAACGAGAUUAAACAGUUCCUCUGUCUCCUGCUGCUCUACUUUGAUCUGGAGCUGGAAGCGGGGCAACCCGCCGCCCGCCUUGACACCAGCAGGGCAGGCCUCGGCAUCCUGCAGCCCAUCGACGACGUACGCUUUCGCUAUCGGCUGCAUAGCAACAUGUGUUAGCAUCAUCUAUAAGCAUCGUUUACACAACUUGGAAAAUACACAAAAAAGGGAUCCUUUUGUUAUGUGCCUCACAAAUACGAAUGAAAGUCAUGUGGAAACAAUUUUAAUGUUUGUUGAAUGUAAAAUGUAAAACUUUUUGAAUUAACAACUAUAAUCUGUACUAGAAGAUACAAUUAACAGAGCUGGAAAGCAAAGAUAACAUUAUCUUCCAUGCUGAAAACCUGGGGAGAAUAUUCUAGCUAAGUUAAUAGCAUGUGGCUAAUGUUAGCAUAACACGAAAGCAAAGACUAGAGUGGGAACGAUGGGAACAGGAAAUCAAGUUCCCAGCAGUAUUCCAGAGAAGAAAGAGUCUGGCAUGAUGCUGAUGGCCGAGCCGCUGCUAUUGUCCACAAAGACGGACACGUACUCGCCAGCCUACAACACAAACCGUGAUGAACAAGAUCACAUCUUCUGAUUGGUCCAGGCAUUGUUCGUUAACAGUUCUGAUGACAUAAAUGAGGUCAUGAAUAUGCAAAAAUUAGCAUAUUUUAGGGAUAGACUUGGCCUGACAAUGUCAACAUACUCGACAAUUUCAUUAAAGAAAACAUGUUUGAGUUUGUAUAGGGUGGCACGGUGGUCUAGGGGUUAGCGCACAGACCUCACAGCUAGGAGACCAGGGUUCAAUUCCACCCUCGGGCAUCUCUGUGUGGAGUUUGCAUGUUCUCCCCGUGCAUGCGUGGGUUUUCUCCGGGUACUCCGAUUUCCUCCCACAUUCCAAAAACAUGCUAGGUUAAUUGGUGACUCCAAAUUGUCCAUAGGUAUGAAUGUGAGUGUGAAUGGUUGUUUGUCUAUGUGUGCCCUGUGAUUGGCUGGCGACCAGUCUAGGGUGUACCCCGCCUCUCGCCCGAAGACAGCUGGGAUAGGCUCCAGCACCCCCCCCCCGCGACCCUCGUGAGGAAAAGCAGUAGAAAAUGAAUGAAUGAAUGAAUGAAUGAGUUUGUAUACCACGGCCUCCCAUGUUAAGCAAAAGUAUAAAAUACAUAGUCACUGACUUAUAUUACUGCAAUUAACUUUGAGCAUUGGUAAUUAAUUUUCAGCAAUGAUUGGCGCUAAACUUGCCGCUCAGCCAAAUGUAACGAGCAUAAAUCGGAAUGGGUCUGUUAUUUGUUUUAAUGACUUUAUCUUAUAACUUUACUGCAAUUAACUUUGAGCAUUGGUAAUUAAUUUUCACCGGUGAUUGGCGUUGCUGGUGCUAAACUUGGCGCUCAGCCAAAUGUAACGUAUAUAAAACGAUGUAAGUAAAAUACAUCUCUAUUGUACUCUGUCACUGGCAUAAAAAAAAUUUGAUGCAAGUCACAUAACAUAUAGGCAAAAAAAUCGGAACUGACCUGCAAUGUGAAUAUAGCCAAAGAUGCCUUAUAAUGUCAAUACAAUUAAAGCAUGCCUCCUCUGUAUGGAUAGAACAUUGU